CGCGUAGUGGACAGUGAAGUGUCCUCACAGUAAAGCAUUGGGCGGAUUAAUACAGUGGAAAACUGCUGAAUAUUUGCCAUUUCCACCAUCUACCUCCUCACUUCAACUUCAAAAUCCCGCAUGGAGAGAACUCAAGGCCACUCUCAUCCUACGGGGACGAUCCAGUCGAUGGGAGACAUGUACCUGUUCACAGUGGAUGUGAGUGAAUACUCUCCAGAGGAUGUCAUCAUCACAUCGUCAAACAACCUUAUAGAAGUCUAUGCGGAGAAGCUAGCAGAGGAUGGCACGGUUAGGAACACUUUUGCCCACAAGUGCCAGUUGCCGGGGGAUGUGGAUCCCAUGUCUGUGACAACCUCAUUGGAAAACAGUGGUGGCUGUCUGACUCUGACUGUCAAAGCCAGAAGAAAUUAGUCUUCCAUAGGAUGUGGGAGGCGUUGAAAAAGUUUAAACACACACACACACACACACACACACACACACACACACACACACACACACACAC